CGUACAACGCCAGACAUUCAAUGUUGUCCGUAAGUUGACGUCUCUCCAAGUACCUUCUGAAAAUUUCUCUGCCUCGUGGGUGAGACAGGGUUCUGUGUAUAUUAUCUGUGAUCUGGUCUAAUUCUUCGCGGUUGAAACCGGAAGUGCACUUCCCGAUGCAGCCGAUUACCUGAGUCGGUAGGGUCUGCAUACUUCAUUCCGCCUGAGAACAAAACAGUUCCAUGUACUUCGCUAUGUUACGAAAUAUUAUUUGUUGACUAAUUUGAAAUAUUAUUUGUUCGAUAAGUUCCAUCGAAGGUAAACUGGGAAACAAGAAAUUGGUGCAAUAACACGUCAGGCGGGACAAACAAUGACACAGGUGUACCAUCGUAGUCAAAUUACUGUUUAAGAGAAACAAGCGUCAGCAGGUAACACUUUAUUUAGGUUACGCGUAAAAACAAGCUGUUGAACGAUCCAAUUAUCGACAUUAGAGGGCACACGAAAGUAACGCCACAAAUCUCGUUAUCGGUUUAAUUCAUGCUUUCCCCGGGCACGUGACACUAUCGCCGUUGUUAUCGUUUGGGCAACCGAAACAGAGAGAGUUAUUGAUCGGUACUUCUACAGAACCGGAUUCACAGUGGCUGGCUGUCUUAAUCGGCCGACGUUGCGUGUCUUCGGCGACCAAGAAAUGAUAACUUUUAUCGAACAAUACUUUACUGUAGAUUCUUAUAUAAUUAUUCAUAUGUGCAGUCUGUUACCAAACAAAGCUCAGAUAUAAUAUUUCUUUUGUAGGCUAUCGUAUGUGUGGCAUCAGUUUCUUUGACAGUACGAUAUUACAUCAUACAUGCGAUAAUGAAUAUAGGUAGUUAUGUACUCUGUGCGAUGUUCAUAUAAUUCGCAAAUGUAUUGUAUUUUAUAUAUGUAAACUAACACUGAAGUUACUUGUAAUUCCUACGGUGAAUUUCAUUGUAAUUACUUACAACCGAUAGAAAUAGAAAUAUUUGUCGAUUGAUACCUGCUGGCGCUGUGUCUCACCGUUCACCCUUGUAGACGAUUGUACUACAAUGAUUCACACAUAAAGAUAAGAGAUAUUUAAGAUAAGAGAUAAAUGUCAUCUAAUUCCGUAGAGUUUAAACUCUAACACUUUACGAUGGAAUCACAACGAUCCUGGUAACGAAAUGAUACUAACCGUGUAUUUGUAGAACAUGAACGUUAUUUUUAAACAGAACGGGGAAUAUGUCCUGCGAGGUUAUUCGUGAAACGCUGCGCGCCGACUGACGCGUGACUCGGUGAGCCGAAAAUAUAUUCAACGAUGGUAACAAUGGGCGCUGGAUUCGCACGGACGUGUUUCCCCUUUCCGUCGAGUAAUCAUCGAAAAUGUUACUCACUUCUAGCUAUUUAAUUUUGAGAAUUUUUUAUUGUAAUCGUUUAGCUUGGCUUUGCUUCGUUUGCAAAGAAUUGAUGGAGCUCUUCGAGUUCUGGAUUGUAAUUCUUUGAUCUCAAAUGGACCGAUUAAUUGAUUUCUGGAAGAUGAAAUAUUUUUAAAGGAAUUGUAGAUUGUAUUUUGGUUCUUAUGGUAGAAAUUACGCUGAACUUAUUUCAGCCCGAAUGUGGUCAGUAUUCUUUAAAUGGUAUUUAUUAUUCGGAGCACAGUGGGUGAAGUAACUGCACGUCACUCGGAAUGCGAAAUGGUCUCUUGAAUAGUAAACUGACAAUAGCUGGUAGAUGCUAGAGCAAUGAAGAAAACUCUAUAAAAGUCUAUUUUAUAAGAUUGAUUUAUUUCGAAGUAUAGAUUUGUAAUUAUACAAAAUAAUCGCUGUAGGAUGUAUGAUGUUGUUAUUUAUGAGGAAAUAAAAUGUUUAAAUAAACCCAUGAAGAGUAUUUGAUAGUUAUUAAACAUUGUUAAGAAUUAUACACUGUUUUUAAAUUUUUAAUUGUUAAUUACGAUGGAUAGAUUAUUCAAAUUUACCGCCAUAAAAUGCGCGGGGAAAUGUACUUAGACGGAGUCAGAAUGUAUAACUGGAAUUGAAUUAGCAGAAAAACAAUAUUUAACUAUUUUAUAUAUUCAUAAUUAUACGUAUUUGGUAACUAAUUGGAAUUAUGGAUUCCGAAUUUCCUGAUCCUGAUGAAGAAUUUGAUUUAGUCCACGCAGAUGAAUAUGAACUUCUGAAAGAAAUUGAAGAAUAUGAAGGGCAGAAGACACAAAAAUCUCAAGAAAUUCAAAAUGUACAUAAUGAACAUAAGAAGAAAGAUGAAUCAGUUAAUGCAACACCUAAUACAUAUAAGGAAUCAAACUCUACCAUACACAAUGUACACAAGGAAUUGAAUAUUUUCACAACUAAUAAACACAAUGAUUUCAUUACCCCUAGUAAUAAAGGAUCUGAUAGUAUUGAUAUAGAUAAUACAAAAAAACGAAAUUAUGAUGAACUGUUUGGAGACAUUUCUGACAUAAUAGAUCUCAAUGAUCAUGUUGAUAUCUAUGAACCUACAGGAAAGAAACCAAGGUGGGAUCAGCCUGAAAAUAUAAUUAAAGUAGUAUUAGAUGCUAGAGAAAAAUUUCAUGUACAUAGCAGAGGAGUAUCUGUUAAAAGAAAAUAUUAUGAAGAAAAUGAAGAUACAAUAUCUUUACGAGUUCCUCGCUGGAAUUUUGUGGCUUUAACCAGGCCACGUGAUGCCCAGCGUAUAUAUAUUAGGUUAAAAGAUGAUACUGAACCCAAUGUGAAAGAAAGUACCCGCACAUUUUCCAAUUUAUUGUCUGUACCUUAUGAUCAAUUGAAGGCUGAAGCAGAAGAAAUUAUGGUGCAAAACGCUAAACGUGCUAGUUGUGAAAAUUCUAAUGUUUCAACCACAGGCUUCAGGCAAGAUAAUGAGCUGUGGGUUGAUAAGUAUAGACCAAGAUCUUAUAUAGAAUUACUUUCAGAUGAAAGUGUGAACAGACAUUUAUUACAUUGGAUAAAACUCUGGGAUAAGGUAGUAUUUAACCGGAAUUAUGUACAAAAUAAAAAGAAAAAACUGUAUUCCACAUUCAGAAAUAGGAAAUUUAUCAAUGAAAAAGAUAUUGAAGAGGUAGACAAUAGAGGAUUCCCAAUUCAAAAAAUAGCUUUAUUAACUGGACCACCUGGAUUGGGGAAAACUACAUUAGCUCACUUAGCAGCUAAACAUGCUGGAUAUAAUGUGGUAGAAAUCAAUGCCAGUGAUGAAAGAAGUCCUGAUGCCUUCAGGCAAGUCCUUCUUUCAUCAACACAAAUGAAAGCUGUAAUGGGAAGCGAACCACGACCAAAUUGCCUCGUUUUAGAUGAAAUUGAUGGGGCGCCAGUAGCAUCAAUUGAACUUUUACUGAAAUUUGUUCAAGGUAAACUAGUCCAGAAAGGUAAAAAGGAUAAGGGAAAGGGUGAUAAACAAUCCCUGACUUGUCAUCGCCCUGUAAUAUGUAUUUGCAAUGAACCAUAUACUCCUUCAUUAAGAUCCCUCAGAGCAACUGCACUUAUUAUAGCAGUACCAGAAGUGAGUCCCGCAAGAUUAGCAGAUAGAUUAAUGGAAGUAUCACGAAAAGAAAAUUUAAAAGUCAAUCCAGACGUACUUCUGAAAUUAGCUGAAAUAUCCGGUUGUGAUGUAAGGUCGUGUUUAGGCGCACUCCAAUACAUGGGAGGCGCCAAAUUAGGAGACAAUGUAUCAUUUGCAUUAAAGGACAGCAGGAAAGGAUUAUUUGAUUCGUGGAAGCAGAUACUAGCAAUACCUAUGGACAAAAGAGGAAUACUUCCUAUUUCAAAGAGAGUUAGUCUUGUACUGAAAACUGUACAAAAUGCGGAGACAGAAAAAUUAGCACAGGGGAUAUUCCAUAACUACCCAGAAGUUUGUUGUGAUAAAAUGAACUACAUAGUCCUAUGUUUACAGUGGUUUCAGUUCUUUGAUGAAGUACUAUCUCUAGUUGCAAACUCCCAAGUCUGGUCUGUUAUGCCCUAUACAAAUUAUGCUUUCAUCACAUGGCAUUUAUAUUUUCCCAAUGCAAAAAACAUUAAGUUAUCUUAUCCCUCCGUACCAUACGAAAUGCAUCAAAAACAAGCAAAAAGUAUAGGUAUCCUAACGACCGUUUAUAAAAGUAGCGGUCGUGAUAUCAUAACGUUGGCGGUCGAUAUUGCUCCUUUCUUGCCAGAUUUACUGUGUCCUCGAUUGCGAACAGUUUCUGGACAUUUACAUUCGACCAAAGAAAGAAAUGAUCUUGCUCGUUUGGUAAAUGUUCUACUCGAAUUUGGUCUGACAUUUGCACAAGAAAGAACUCCUGACGGAAUCUAUGAUUAUAAUCUAGAUCCGAACAUAUUUGAAAUUGGUAUUUUUCCUGAAUGCAAACAUCGUCGAACUCUUGCGUAUGCGAUGAAACAAAUAAUUGUUCAAGAGUUGGCAGCUGAACGUUUACGGCGGGCUUCAAACGCUCUGCUUAAUACAAAAAAUUCUACAGAAAAAGUAGAUGACAACACCAAAAGAAAUAAUAAUACAACAAAGGCAGCUUCCAAAGAACAAGUUAAAAAGCCUGAAACGCAGAUAAAGGAAAUUACAUAUAAAGAUUUCUUUGGAAGAGUAAUUACGGUAGAUCAAGAUAAACAAAAAAAGUCAGAUAAAGAAUCCAACAAUUCGCACAACUUUUUGACGAAAUAUGGCGUUUGUUAUAAAUACAAAGAAGGUUUUAGUAAUGCUGUUCGUCGAAACAUAACUAUGGCAGAUCUCCUUUGAAUUGUAAAAUAAUUAUGGCAGCUCUGCUCCAAGUUGUAACAUAAUACAUUUUUUUAUUCAGUUUUGACAAUAAAGUUAUUUAUUUUAUACACACAUCUUAAAAUUCCCAAACAUGAAAUUACUAUAGGGAUGAAGUAUUAUCUAGUUAUUUAAUUUUAUUCCUGCUACGAUAACUCAA